AGCGAUCGGGGAAACUAAAGAAAACGGAGAAAAACAAAAUACAAACCGGAAUGAAAACAAAACGCUGGGAAACCCUGAAAAUGAAAGGUGGGAUGGUGAGAGACGGGGGCUAGCAUAGCGAUGGGCUGCACCUCGGCUAAGCAGGUGUCGGCUGUGCCAAGCGAGGAUGAGGGCAGAGGGAAGAACUACGGCAACGGAGACCUGUACUCAGACGAGUACAGGAUGAAGGGGGUCGAGGAGGUGAAGUACAUGCGAGGAGAGGAGGACCGAGUCAACGCACACAACCAGGAGAACCUGGACAAGAGCUCGACACACCACAGGGACAAACUGCAUAAGGAGGCACCAGGAGCCAACAAGGCCAAUAUUCAUACGUCGGAGAGUCAGCAGGAGUUUUUCCGAAUGCUGGAUGAGAAGAUUGAGAAGGGUCAGAAUUAUUGUUCGGAGGAAGAGGAUGUGACAUAGCACAACCACCACACAGAGAGAGCUCGAGAGAGAGACGAUUUUCCCUUCUAUGGAGUGAAUUUAAAUCAGUGUUUCGUCUGUAACUCUUCAGAUUGGAAGUGUGUGUGCGUGCGUGUGUAUGUGUGUGCGUGUGUGCGUGUGUGUGUGUGUGUGUGCGCGUGCCACAACGAUCCGUGCGAGUGUAUUCCUGCGAGAGGACGUUUUCUCCAAACCCGACCCACUUUCCUUCUACUUUCUGAGAAACCGAUCAAUAAGUGGACGCUCGAUUGAACACGCUCGACCUACUGACCCCUCGACCCUGCUGGACUUUACGCUUCGAUCUGAUUGGACGUUGUAGAUACGGGCGGAAGGCGAAAGGCAGGAUGGAGUUCACGUCUGGAUUUUAUUAUGGAGACAAAACAAGGAUGAAAGGACAGAAUGAUGGAUUAAAGUGUUUAUGUAAAGAAAAGAGAAUUAUUUUAAUAAGAGAGAAUAUAACAGCUGAGAAGCUCCGAAGUUCUGCAUUUUGAAGGACGUUUUAUUUUUAUUUUGUGGAGUUUUAUUUCUGGUUUGUAUGUUAUUUUGUAUUUCAGAGCAGAUAUAACAGACAGGACUGAGAUAUUUACACUAUGUGACUAAAUGUAUGUCCACAACCCUCAUAAAUGUCCAUAAAGUUCCUUAAAGUUCCCUGAUUAUGGUUUUAGCACCUUUGUGCCGCAGGAAGACUGGCGAGGCUUCCUUGUCAUUGAAACUACACACGAACCGCCUCGCUCAGUGUGAACCCGAUCACAAACACUCCUCAUCAACGACGUCUCAAACACACAUGAACAUGAACGUAAAUCAGGAGGUGCAGAAGUGAUAAUGGCAUCUCAUCUCACACGGCUGGUUUAUCAUCUUCCUAUAGAGCAUCACGGCACAAACCCAAAGUUAUGGAGCGGUGACGAUCAUCGAGUUCAGAGACCGUAAUAACACGUCCAAUCAACAUUUCAGAGCAGGAAACCCGAAGCUGUCUGUACCGGAACCUACAGCCAAAUACAACCUCAAAUCAGAAAAAUAAAAACACAGAGUUCCUCACAUUGACUUUGACUUUUAUUUGAUGUCAGACAGGAUGAACCUGAGAUAUUUCAUCUUUUAUCUGCUCAACUUCAUUUCAUUUAUUAAUAAACAUCCAUUUUGCA